GUGGGAUUUCUGUAUCUCACAAAUGGGAUGGAGAUCACCUAUCUAUCACCUGUCGUCUCAUGGGGGACAAAGACACUGUUUCUCAGAUCAACUGGGAGAUGACCAGCAGUUCGAACCACACCACCACCAGAUUGAAACUGGGCAUCUUCCAUCCCGUGUUCGGUACCUACGUGUUCCCGAAGUACAACGAUACUGUGGAGAUCCAGGGUAACGCCUCCAGCGGCAAUUACACGCUCAGGCUGAGAGGUAGCACUGUGUUGGAGGAGAGUCAGUUCUGCUGUAAAUUCAUGACCUUUCCCUCUGGAGCGCUGGAGCAGUGUACAAAUACCAGGAUUAAUGAAAGCACAGAGGAGGCCCAGGAGUCAGAAGGCCCACAGGGUUUACUAGAGGAGAGACAAGUGGAGCAGUGGGCUCUGCUAGUAGUGGGAUCUACCAUCUGUCUCCUCAGUAUCGCCAUCUCUCUCUACUACUGCUUGAAGUAUUGCUGCAGACACUGCUGCCGCAGGAGGCGAGUGUUCGAGGUGGAGACUUAUCUGACAGAUCAGCACACAGACUCGGAGGGGGUCACAGAGGAGCCACCCCAUCAACCCACCCUUCCCUCACCCCCUCACCACCAGCUCCAGGGUUUUGACCCCUCUAAGCUGUACACUAAGAUCAAGCAGGACCUGCUGUAUGGACGGCUGUGGAAGGCCUACCAGGGGACGGCUAAGGCCUGGGGCCCCACAACACAGCAGGGACCACAGCAGCAAGGGCCACAACAAGCGUCAGAACUAGGGCCACAAAAGGUCUAUUUUCUUCUGGGGGAUCAUCGGGCGUCACAGAGAGAGGAACCAGAAGAACCGGAACUAGAACCUAAUCUAGAACAAGAACAAGACCCUCAACCAACCCUUGAAGGAACCGUGGAACCACAGACUGAGCCUGAACCUAUCCAUCCAUUAGCCCUGGAACCUGGAACACAGAUGGAGGUUCAAGAACCAGAAUGUCAUUUAGAACUAGAACCCAAUUUCCCAUCAACCCUCCCUGCACAGAGGGAGGAACUGGAACCAGACAUGGGAGCAGAGAAGGAGGAAACUGAAGAAACCAGAGACUAACCCUUCAGCGAGGAGGUUCAUGAAGGGAGGGUGUGUUGUGUUGUUGUGUGUGUCUGUGCGUCUGUGUGUGUGUGCGGACCGUGCGUGUGUACGUGUGUGUUGGGAGGAAUAAUGUACUGUUGACAUUGGGUGAAUAACCCUGACCUCCUAAGGUUAGCUGUCAUUCAAUACGAUUAAUACUUAUUGCCCCAGUGGGACAUUUAGAGUGAAAAUUAAACUCACAGGUAAUCGCCAUGGUUUUUUGUUUACUGUGAACAAUGUACAUGUGGUUAGACGUCUCAGCCAUCACUCAGACGUUUCUCUCACACUCACUCUCACACACACACAC